GCAGAAGACAGUGCCUCAACAUUAAAGCAGCCAUUUUCUGUCAAAAUAUGGAAAUCGAAGUUAAAUUUAGCUAAAAAGCACAUUUUUGCUUGAAUUUUGUUGUCUUAAACUGCAUGAAGACAACAAAGUGUAAAAUUUCCUGCUAGAGAAAUUUUUAAGCAUAUUAUUUAAGAAGUGAUGUAAAUUCUUGUCUUAUUAUUAAGGACACAGAUCCAGUUUUUCUCACCAAGUACUACAAUUCAAAAUUGAGAAACCAAUAUGGAACUUUUUAGGACUGCAGAUUACUAUAUCUUCCGGCAAGGGGAACACAGUCUCUGGUGCAGCAGGAAAACUGGAAUUUUAGAGCCCAGAACAGCCUGGGAUUUGACAAAAGCUGAAGAUCCUCAUUGUAUGGGUCUUAUCCAUGGUAUUGUCGGAAAACUGAAUCCAUUUCCUGACACAGACCCUCAGCUGCUAAUUAUAGAAAGCUGCAGUCUUGUUGGCUAUGUUUGGAAAAAUCAGCCCAUAUUCAAAAUCAACAAAAUUGGCCUCCUUUCUCUGGGUCAACAAGAAGCCGAAAUUACAACACAUCCAUGUUCGAAACAUAGCAAUUCCGUUGCUUUCAAUCAGAGGCCGGACGAUAGUGGAAGUAAACCUUCGUCUAGUUCCAGACAACAGGAAGCAUUUGCAAAGACCUGGGGUUCAAUAAAAUCUGCAACCAAAUCGCUCAAGAGUACAACUGUGCAGGCAGCCCAUAAAAUUGGAAUCGAUGGAAGGGAAGGGGAUCGUGGUGCAAGAAGAAUUUGGGAUGAAAUAGAGAAGAUGUUCACACAUGCAGAUUCCUUUUACUUUUCGACAGUCGACCUAACCAAUUCUGUCCCAGUUUUGGGUGAGCGCUACAAUUCUCCCACGGUUUGUUGGCGAUCAGCAAACAGUCGUUUCUUUUGGAAUGAGUUCCUACUCAAAGAACUAAUCGAACUUGAGGAUCCAAAAGCUGACCCCUGGAUCGUCCCUGUCCUUCAUGGCUACAUUCAUGUAGAUACCGUUCCUGUCGUGCUUGAUGGCGCAACGAAUUUCAAUAAGCCUCUAAUUUUGCUGCUCAUUUCACGCCGCUCGCGCUACCGAGCUGGUACCCGAUACAAACGUCGUGGGGUAGAUGAAAAUGGUUAUGUUGCCAACUAUGUAGAAACAGAGCAGUGUCUCAUAUUCGGAGAUCAUAUUUUGUCCUUUGUUCAAGUACGGGGAUCUGUUCCAGUAUUUUGGUCCCAGCCGGGGUUCAAAUAUCGUCCACCUCCCCAGAUCGAUAGAGAUGUGGAAGACACUCGGCUUGCUUUUAAGCGUCAUUUCGAGCGAGAAUUACUUCUCUAUGGAAAUCAGUGCAUAGUCAAUCUAGUCGAGCAAAGUGGAAAAGAGAAGAUAAUAGGGGAUGCUUUCACGGAGCAAAUAAUUCAUGCGAAUGAGGCAAGAAUCACCUACGUAACUUUCGACUUCCAUGAGCAUUGCCGCGGGAUGCGAUUUGAAAAUGUUGGACGUCUAUUAAAUGGGUUGGAAGACGUACUUCAGGAGAUGAAAUAUACGUGGAUUGAUUCGCAUGGUGUCAUUUGUCGACAACAAUCGACUUUCCGGAUAAAUUGUAUGGACUGCUUGGAUCGAACUAACGUUUGCCAGACUGCAUUUGGAAAGGUCGUCUUGGAAUGCCAAUUAAGCAAAUUAGGUAUUCUUCCACCCGAAGGCACAUUCUGGCCAGCGCUCAAAACAGCCUUCAACACCAUGUGGGCAAAUAAUGGAGAUGUCCUCAGUCGACAAUACGCCGGAACGAAUGCUCUCAAGGGCGAUUUUACACGCACCGGAGAAAGAAGGUUCGCCGGAAUGAUGAAAGACGGAAUGAAUUCGGCUAAUCGUUAUUAUCUCAAUCGCUUCAAGGAUACGCUAAAACAGACAGCUAUUGAUCUUGUGCUUGGAAACAUCCAGCCAGAAGAUGCUAUGAACAUUCUUUGUGGUCAGAAUAACGCCAUGGAAGAUGAUGAAGAAAUCGUUUUGCAGACGGCUGACAGAGUUCGUCAGGUCAUCGAGGAUUGUCGUAAGCAGUUUAUUAGCCCUGAUGAAAUAAUAGUAGGGUCUUGGGGAUUGGUUGAUGCGCAUCCCGUAACCGGUGACCCAACACAAGUUGACAUGGAUGCUAUUGUCAUUUUGUCACGAGAACAUCUUUACGUGGUUUCUUACGAUGAUGACGCCGAUCAUGUCAGAGCGUGUAAAAUAUAUGCGCUUGCUGAACUGAUGAAGCUUGAAGUAGGAUCUGAAGGGAAAACGAACUUAUUAUCGAAUGCUAGUGUGAAUUUUCUUAAGUCACCUAAGCGUGAGGCAGCCGCACCACCAACCUUCUUCAUGCGUAUACACAUACGAAAUUCAUCGGACGAAGCAGAAAUUUUGCAAUUUCGUUCGACGAGACUAAGAUUUUUCAAUAACAUGGCUGUUCCGAUUUGCAAAACCGAGGAUAUGAACGAAUCGUUAAAGGCGAUUGCUGAAACCAUUCACGUUACGAUGGAUAUUACCGGAUUAACGAUUCCUUACACAGUUGGCACUUUGGAAAAGCUGUCAUUGAAAAACAAUAUGAAAAUCGGAUACAUGGAAGUGCCACGUUGGCAUGGUUUCCCACGAAACGCAUCGGAAGGGCAGUUAUCUGCUCUAAAGCAAGCUGGCAAUAAAGCAUUAUCCAGCGUUACUUCACAUUUCUCGCGUCUGAAACCGCCUGUUAUACCACGCAAUUUAGGCCGUUCAGCGAGCAAGAAGAAAGAAGUCUCCGACCAAAUAACAGACCCAUCAGCGAUUGGGACCCUCGAAGCAGAAAUGAGAAUACGUUCUAGCUCUUCUAGUUUAAACGAUCUCACAUCGUUUUCGUUAAUCAAAGACGUCUUGCACCUACCGUCAGUUGGUGUCCUUUUCCUGACUAGCAAUGAAAUUCGGGUGGAGCUUGCCGAUCCUGUGCCUGAAGACACGAACACGCACGAAAAACCUUCUCUACCAAAAGUCUUGCUCCGUUGUGUCAGUGCCGGUCAAUUUGACAGUCGCUGUCUGCUAAAAGGAAGGCGAAAUGGAGAAAGUAGCCAGCUGAAUAGAUUAGGUGAAAAUGUUCGCUUGACAGUGACACCAGAAAUUCAGAUCAUUGCAACAGAUGGAAAAGAAGGCGGCGAACAUAGCAACACCAUAUCUGUUCAGCGUUCGAGACACUUCUCGCACUCCUCCGAUCGCCUUGAAUUGGGCGUAGCAGUGGAAGAUUCCACUUUACUUAGAGCCUCAUCUGAGACUAGCUUAGGCAAUAGUGCAGCUCCUACGGAAAUGAAAAGUUCCCAUUCAAACUAUGAAGGCUUGCUUCCAAUCGGGACCACCGUUUUAACAUCGUUUAAAAUUCCGACGUCACAGGGGAAGUUCAAUGUUGGUAUGCUAACAUCGCCUACAAGCGUUAAGGGAAAUCCGUUAGUAAUGCUGGCUAAAGGUGUACAGAAUCUAGGCGCUAAUUUGGAUCCUAGAAAAAUGCUUGACUCUAGGAAAGAUACGUUGAUCUGCAAAGAGAAUGUAUUAGAAGAUAUAACGAAGCAGAAGUUCUGCACAAAUACUAGAAUUAUUCAUCUUUAAACACUUGAACCACAUUUCCUCUAGCUGAAAGACGACGUCAAAAAUGCUAACGUACUCUUCACUCAACAUUCCAUUAGCUCCGCCUUCCAUUUAGUAAAUGUUGUAAUUUUCCAUGCUGCCUCACUACGCAGUUAAUAACUUGUCCUGUGAAGACAUUUGUGAAUCCCAUUAUGUUGCUCUUACGAUAGGAGCUACAUGCUUUACUCAGGCCCUUGUUGUCGAGGAUAUCAGUAUUACUGCGAGAUCGCAAUUCACGAUGUCUAGUCAAUCCUAUGUUCGCUUUGAGUCAAAAUCAAAUUUCAUACAGGGCACUCUAGGAGAGGUUAAUACUCAACUUUAAUUUAGGCUAUGCUUUACGAACACAUGAACGUUUGUAUUGUUAGUGCUGGUUGAAUCAUCCUUUUUCUUCAGCGUUUUAAAUACACAUUAUUAGCGCGCGUACUGUAUCCUU